AUAAAACCGAUAGUUGGCUUGUUGGGAUCUCUGGGCGGGCAGCGUGUUUUGUGCGGGUCGUUGCGCGCGUACUACGGUGCCGACCGCAGCGAGUCUAUGGUUCCGACCGGAUAGCGUCCAGCUGUGCUCCAGUGCACCAUAGCGUCGGAGAAAACGCAGCGAGAAGAGGCUACUGACCGCCAGUGCAAGCAAGCUUCGAGUGGCCAUGGCCAGCUUGCAUGUAGAUGUUGCCUGGUGCCAUAGGGACACUAACAGGUUCCUUCUUGUGGGAACAGACAUCCGUCUCUUCCAGGUUCCAGACACUUCUAGCAAGGAAACCAAUCGAGAUGUGUUGCCGGGUGCUGAGCCACUGGCCAUCCAAAGUGACCUGGAAUACUUCAGGUGCUACAGCUGUUACAUGAACCCCCGCACUGACGUACUCCUUGCUGUGGGCCAGGACACCGGGAAGGUCAGCCUGGUCAGUUUUGGCCGGACAUUUCAUGACCAAGAAUGGGCCAGCAGGGAGUUUGUACCAAAGCAGCCGCGACGUUGCAACAUGGUGGCAUGGAAUCCCAUCAGCUACAACCUUCUGGCCACUUGUCUGGACAAGCACAAGGGAGAUCAUUGCAUCCACAUCUGGGACGUCCAGAAUGCAGGCAGCCGACCAGUGGAGUUGGGUUACUCCGAUUCUGCCCAAUCACUGAGCUGGUUUUGCCAGUCACCGAUGACCUUUGUUUCCGGCAUGAACAACAAGCAGCUGAGGAUCUAUGACAUGAGAGACUCCUCACGGCCAGGCAGCACAAGUACCAAAGCCACCAAUGGCUUGUGUGUGGACGUUUUCUUCGAGCAUCGCAUUGCUUCCUUCUACAUGAACCAGCUGGUGCUUUGGGAUACUCGAAACUUUGAGAAACCUGUAACCACACAGACAGAAAAUGGCAACAUCGUGAAGAUUGCCUGGUCACCAACAAGAUCCAAUGCGCUGAGCCUCCUCACCAAGGACAGCUGUGUGGUGAAGCUGUACGAUGUGCAGCACCCACAGUGUGUGGCCGAUGAUGUGGAACCCACAAUGGUGGAGCGGACUGUGCAGCCCUUUCCAAGCGCAGUGGUGCUGAGCUCCUUCUCUUGGCAUCCCCACGACGAGAACCGAAUGCUGGCUGUCACACCAACCAGUUCCGUCCGGGAUUACACAGUCUUUGAUCGCAUCACAUUGAAUUGGUCUCCUCCGUCGGAGUUGGUGUGGACCCAGGGCCGCAAGCUGGUGCACUGCUGGGAUGAUCGUGACAACAGUUACGAGCUGUCGGGAGACAUUGCGGUCAAGAUGCGCAGGCGGGCACGUCUGGGAUAUGGCCUGGAGCCUGAAGACCUUGGCAAGAAUGCAGAGCUCACUCCUGGAGACUCCCAUCUGCGUGGCCUCUGGUCAUGGCUUGAUCUCCAGCGCUUCCUGGAGGAGAGCUCUCGCCUGAAGCUGGUAAACAAGAGUGACUAUGCAGUGGGUGUACGGGCAAUGCUGGGUGACCGCUCCUCAGAGCCCGUCUAUCGGGCAGGACAGGGACCUCUCAAUCUGGUCACCUACACCAGCCGAGAACGUGAGCGGGUGCUCUGGCUCUGUGGAUGGAAGCAAAGGCAUGAUGGUCUGCAAGGCAAUGUCUUCAACCGCAGGUUGGAGAAAGAGGGCAACUAUGCUCGCAAGGCAGCCAUCCAUAUGUUCAACUUGCGUCUGCGAGAGGCCAUCACUGUACUCAAGGAGGCAGCCACUGCAGAACAAGGUGGAGCCAGCUUGGGACUGGUGGCGCUGUCUCUGUCUGGCUACACACGAGAGACACGAGAGUCCUGGCGUGAAGUGUGGCACUCUCUGCAUCUCUCUCUGGGAGACCCUUACCUGCAGGCCAUGUUUGCCUUCCUCACAGCCGCUGACGACAGCUACACUGAACUGCUGCAAGACUGCAACAUGGCCAUUGAAGACCGGGUGGCCUUUGCCUGCCUCCACCUCACAGAUGCCAAGCUGCUGGAGUACAUUGAGGGCCUGGCUGAGGCUCUUGUGGAGCAAGGGAACCUGGACGGUGUCCUCCUCACAGGCAUGAGUGAGGACGGUUCCCAGCUGCUGCAGCGCUACCUGGAUCGCACGGGGGACGUGCAGACGGUCAGUGUCGCUGCCCUGCAGAGCUACCCGAGUCCCCUGAGCUCCAGUCCCCGGGCACAGCUCUGGGUGGACCACUACCGCCACCUGCUGGACCAGUGGCAGCUGUGGUACCAGAGGUGCCAGUUUGACUGCCAGUGGGUGCGUCAGCAUGCAGCCAGUGUUCCGGCACAGCAGGUGCUGGUGAGCUGCAACUUCUGCAGCCUGGCUGCCUCCCCCUACCUGCAGAUGCUGCAGGGGGGGCGCCACCAAAGCAGCAAGAGUGCGCACCUGGCAACAGCCACCUCACAGAACAAGACCAAGGUCACCUGCUGCCCGCACUGCAGAAAGCCACUGCCACGAUGUGCACUGUGCCUGACUAACAUGGGCACGCCUGCUGGAAGCAUCUGGAGAGGCAGCAAUGAGCAAGGGGAAGAGAAUGGGAAGUUGGCCGAGUUUUCUACCUGGUUCACCUGGUGCCAGAGCUGCCGCCAUGGAGGACAUGCUGUGCAUCUCAUCGACUGGUUCCGUGACCAUGCGGACUGUCCUGUGACUGGCUGCAAUUGCAAGUGUUCAGCUCUGGACCGUGCUGCUGUUCAUAGCGCGCGUACAAUUCGCAGCGAAUGAAGGCAGAGGUUCUUACACUUCACCUCAACUCCAGCAACAGCUACCCCUGCUCAAGGACAUUGGCAUAUAGGUGUACCGCAACUAAAUGGCGACGGCUCUGUCAGCAAAACCUUAUUUUGUAUGACGCAUACAUUUGUGAUUAAAAAAGUACUGAAGCAGAAUAAGCGUUC